AUGUCAAUCUCAGCCACAACCAUUCUAGUUAACUCACAGGAUACUCUAAUUACCAUUAAAGUUGCAACCCAACUCCCUCACAAAUUAACUACCGUUAAUUAUCUCUCAUGGCGUGCUCAGUUCUAUGCUCUUUUAAUUGGUCUUGAUCUCACUGGAUACAUUGAUGACAAAAUACCUUGUCUGCCAUCUACCUUGACAACUGGAGAAACCAUAUCUCCUAAUCCUGCUCAUUUUCUUUGGCUUCGCCAAGAUAGUCUUCUUUUUCAUGCUAUUUUAGCAUCAGUUUCUGAAUCUUUGGUUUCACUCAUUUCGUCUUCAAAAACAUCCAGUGAAGCUUGGAAUAAUUUAGCACUAUAUUUUGCUAAUAAAUCUUGUUCUCGUGUUAUGCAUCUCAAAGAAAAAUUUUGUGAAUUAACUGCUACUAUUAGAACAUGCGAAAAUCUGAUCGCUUUUGAAGAACUUCAUGAAAAACUUUUGGACUUUGAUAGCCUUUUUAAAAAAGAAGCCUCAUCUGAACUUUCAAUCAUCACUGCUAAUGUUCAAUAUCAAUUCUGUGAUCGGUUUGGUCACACAGCCAAGAAUUGUUUCAAAAUAACCAAGAACGCUCGUGUUCCAUAUGCUAAUGCAACAAUAGCUUCAAAUGCAAGCUCCUCUCCUUGGCUUGCUGAUUCUGCUGCUUCACACCAUGUUACCAGUGAUUUUAGUAACUUGUCAGUUUACUCUGAAUAUAUAGGACCAGAUGAAAUUCUUAUCGAUGAUGGCUCAGGUGAAGGAUCUCAAUACGGUGGCUUCACUCAUUCAAGGCAAGAAUAA